AUGGACGAAGAAAAGCAGAUAAAUUCUUCCGCAGAAGUCGGAAGCCACGAUGAUGUGAAGGUCGCUGUGGGCUGGAAAGGCGAUGAUGAUCCGUGCCAUCCUCAUAACUGGUCGAAGUUUCGCAAGUGGUUCAUCAUCAGCCUCACGUCUCUGGCAUGCUUUAAUAGCGCGAUUGUAUCUACCAUAUUUGCUCCUGGUGUCCCGGAUGUUCUCAAUGAGUUUAACUCAUCCGACGACGCUCUGGCAUCUUUCAUGGUGACGGUCUAUCUUAUAGGCUCGGUGAUAGGACCGCUAAUCUUGCCCCCUAUCAGUGAAUGCUAUGGCCGAUUAUUGAUUACCCAUAUAUCCAAUAUUGGAUUCUUCUUUUCAUCGAUCCUUUGCGCCUCUGCAGUCAACAUGCCCAUGCUUAUUGUUGCACGGUUCCUCAUGGGCAUUGCUGCAUCAAUCCCUAGUACUGUUGGAGGCGGCAUUAUUGCUGAUUUGAUGGUUGUUGAGGAGCGCGGUACCGCCUUGACUAUCUGGACGAUUGGGAACUCGCUUAGUCAAGUUCUUGGGCCUAUUUUCGGAGGAUACAUAAUUUAUGGAGCCGGAUGGCGCUGGACAGUAUGGGUCAUAGUGAUUAUCGGUGGUGUGGUUAUGGUCUUUGCCCUUCUUUUCCAAAGAGAGUCACAUGGGCCUACACUUCUUCGACGCGAGGCAAUGCGACUUCAGACACUCACGGGUGUUCCGCACCGAGCAAGAACCGACGACGGCCAACCCGCGAACAAGAGAAUUAAACGAGCCAUUACGCGACCACUCCGAAUGUUGAUUCAGGCUCCAAUAAUCAGCAUCGCGUCGUGCUACAACUCCGUUUCUUACACUUACAUGUACAUCUGCAUCACGAGCUUCACGCAGGUGUUUGAAUCCACGUAUGGGUUCAACGCCAGUAACGCAGGACUGGCAUAUGUCGGACUUGGGCUUGGAUCCUGUCUUGCGCAGUUAACAGUGGCGUCUCUCUCAGAUCGAUAUAUUCAGCUUCGCAAAAGUCUGAACAAGUCCGUUAAGCCUGAGAACAGACUCUUCACUCUUGUCGCGGGAGUUAUGGUUCUCCCGAUCGGAUUGUUUUGGUACGGCUGGACCGCUUACUACCAGGUUCAUUGGAUCGCGCCCAUUGUUGGCACCAGCUUCGUGGGAUUCGGCAUCAUGUGCGUCCAGCUCAGCGUGCAGCUAUAUCUGGUGGAUGGUUUCAGCUAUUACGCGGCCAGUGCAGUGGCCGCCAAUCUCGCCGUCAAGUGUACACUUGCCACGGUGGUCCCGCUGGCCGGAAAACCGCUCUAUAAUCACCUAGGCCUCGGUUGGGGGAAUAGUCUUUUGGGGUUUAUUGCCGCUGGUUUGAUCCCAGCUUCCUUUUUGCUCAUGCGCUACGGGGAUGGAAUUCGGGUACGUGGAAAGUUUGCGGGCGAUUUAGGAGAUGAUUCUUGA